UAUAUAUAUUUUUAUUGAAUUAAAUAUUGAUAUCGGUUCGAAAGUUUUGUUUGGAAGUUUUAAUAGUAAAAACGUGUUCAUUUUUAUUGGAAAAAUAUAAACUAAUAUAAUACAUAAUUAAAACAAGGAAAGAAUUAAUAUAAUUCUAGACAAAACUGUCUAUUCGAAAAAUUAAAAUGGAGGAAAAUACGUACUGGAAUCUAAUAAUGUAUCUAUCUUAUAUUUCUGUGUGCUUGAUAAUAUUGAAAAUAUACAAUAACAUAACUAAAGGAAAAUUCAAUAGUAGCAAAAGAUUAGAUGGCCAAGUUAUAAUCGUCACUGGCGCAAGUAAAGGAAUUGGAAAAUGUACAGCUGUAGAACUUGCGAAGAGGGGAGCCAAAGUUAUUUUGGCUGGGGUUGAUCCAAAAGACUUGAAUGAGGCUAAAAAAGAAAUCGUAGAGAAAUCUGGUAACGAAAAUAUUGUGGCAAAACACCUGGAUUUAGCUUCUUUCAAAAGUGUUAGAAAGUUUGCUAAGGACGUACUUGAAACGGAAAAUCGAUUAGAUGUUCUUGUCAAUAAUGCUGGCGUGAAUUGCAUCGUGAAUCCGAAAACUGAAGAUGGUAUUCCAAUGGGUUUACAAGUUAACCACUAUGGUCAUUUUUUGCUGACAAAUUUAUUGAUCGGCUUAUUAAAGAAAUCAGCACCCAGUCGAAUUAUACAUAUAUCCUCCAGUGCGCAUUUACUUGGAAAAAUAGACUUUGAUGACUUGAUAGGAGAAAAAAAUACGAAAUGGAAUUUCCAGUAUUAUUUCGAUAGUAAAUUAUACAAUUUUGUAGGCAGCAAUGAAUUUUCGAGACGUUUAGAAGGCACUGGCGUGACCUCAAACAGUGUACAUCCUGGGGACGCCAGAACAGAAUUACUUGUCGAAAACAUAAAUUCCAUACUUGCAUUUAUUGCCAAUGCGUUUGUUGGAACAUUUUUCAAGACUGCCGAGCAAGGCGCACAAACAGCCAUUUAUUUAGCUGUGAGUGAUGAUGUGAUAAAUGUAUCAGGAAAAUACUUCGCAGACUGCAAGAAAUCAAUCCUGACGAGACCUAUUGUGAAUAACAAGGAAAUUGGCAAUAGAUUUUUUGAAAGAUGUUGUGAUAUUGUGGGACUUGAGUCUGAAGAACGAUUAACCUAAUUAUAUUAAUUUAUUUAUUUAACUAGAAAUAGAUAUUAUUUGAAUAUUUCAGAAAUAAUUCUAAGCAAGCUUCUCUAUUCUCCUGUGAUAUAUAAUCGUACAGUUGUUAACUGCUUAAACAAAAUUUCUGAAAAAUGAGCAGUAGAUCUAUAUUUUAGUAUAUAUGUUACGGACAAAGUAUAUAAUCCCGGCAUUUCAUAUAAACCCUAGGCAUUAUAUAUAACGCCUGGCAACUUCAGGCAUAGUAUGUAAUGGAAUACUUAUUACAAACUUUGCCUAGGCAAUAUAUAUAAUCCCUAAGCACUAUGGAUAAUGCCCGGCAUGAGAUAGGCAAAGUAUAUAAUCGUUAUUUUGAAUAUAAUAAUGCAUUUAAAGAAGGCCAUAAGAAAUUGUAUACAUUUAUAAAAAUCAACACACGUUUACUCGCUAUUUAUUACAACAUGGAAUUACUGUAAUGGCAUACUUAUUUGAUAAAAAGGAAUUACUGGGUAUCCACUGUCCUCAGUGAGAUUAAAUUAAUAGCAGUGUCUUUUUUGUCCGGGCACAUUGCCCGGAAAUUUGUUUUUGUAAUAACCGGUCAAAAGAUUUGGUUUACAUGUAGCAAACUACGAUCUCUGAAAAAGGGCAAUUUGCUCACAGAAAUAUUGAAUAGUAUAAUCAAUUUUAAUUUAAAAUUCUCAUCAGAUCUUGUUUUUUUUUAAAUUAAAAUCUAAUACAAUUUCU